UCAGAUCUAUAAAAAGCUGUUCGGAACGUUCCAAAAAAUAAUUCGAAAUUUCUAAAUUUCAAUUAUGAAUAUUCUAAUAAAUUCCUUGCUAUUUACCAUUGCUAUUUUAGCGGUGGUAUGGGGAUAUCCUGGCCAACAAGCGGACCAUGUUGAAGAUUUGACCAAGAACAGAAAUGAACCAAGAGCCCGUCGUGACUUGGGUACAGAGACUGUUCGUGCUGACGGAUCUGCAGCUUAUAAUGCUGAAAACGCCGGUGGCAAAGCGUGGGAACCUGCUAUCCAGAUAGGACAACCUGGCGUGAAUGCAGUUGAAAAUGCCGGAACUGCUGUUAGAAAUGGAGCUGAGAAUGCAGACCGCGGCGUGGAGACAACAGUCUGAUUAUCGAUUGUUUUGUACAUACAUUUAUUGAUUUUAUUUCAUUACCAAACAAUAAAAGUGAUUACU